AACUACGAACUAAAAUAUUGUAUGUACCGCGCUUCUGGAGUACAUUUUUAAAAUGCGAAUAAGUAAAUAUUCUUUUGUUCGUAUUAUCUGUUAGACGGAAGAGUGAUUCGAUUUUAUGGUUUAAAAAAAAAGGUGUACGUAACAGGAAAUCGUUAGUGCGAUAAGUCUCGUUUGAAGUAUUUAGUGAUAUACGUAUCGAUAAAUUAUAAAGGUGUUUAGAAUUGAUAAUUUUUGACUCGGGAAAGUACUUUUUAUCAACAUAUAUCUAUACAUAUACGUAGCCAUAUUGUUCACGAAUUCUGAGUAAAAACGAUCUUAAUUAAAAGAGAAUAUUGCUUAAGAUAAUAAGAAUAUUAUUUUUUCCAAUGUGUUCUAUUUUAGCGUAUGAGUAACAAUUCAAGUAUUUUUAACUAAUUAUUGGAGGUUAUCAAGUUCUCAAGAAGUCCCGAUCGAAUGAUUACAUAGAUAAGAACAAAUCAAAAUAAAAGUUUCCUCGUAUGAUGCUGCAUAAUUAUCUGCAGUAGUCUGAACCAUAAAAGCGAAACAAGUUGAUAUAAGCAUUAAAUAAAAAUAAUCGCGUAAUAAGAGGUCUGUAAAUCAAUCGUUCCAAGAUGAUGAGGAAAACGUGUCGACAGUCAGCUUCUGGGGGAGCCCCGUUUAAAUUCAAACGGUAAAAAUAAUGAGUUCAAUAACGCAACAAAUCUAGGAAAACGCAUUUUCAUCGUUGUUCGUGUACUACAAGUAUAACAAUGUCGCGACUACUUUCACGUAUCGUUGAAAAGAAAUGGAAUAUAUUUCGUACAACUACGAGCCACGUGGACGAGGCAAGGGAGAGACUGACCGUAGUCAUGAGUUUGCAGAAAAAGAAAAAAAUAAUGUAACCAGCAUGGGGCGUCGUUAAAUGUUGUAUGCAACAAAGAGAAUUUUGUCAGUCUUCAAGAUACCGUACUGUCGUUUGCAACGAAGCAGAGAAACGUAGAACUGUCUUGUAGGUGGCUAACUCUACUUAAAAAAUAUUUUCGAGUAUUAUGUUGGCUCGUCAUUGUAUUCAUUACGUCAACGUGUAUCACUCGUCCAGCGCUGUAAAAGGGAAAUUAAACAACAUGUCCUGCCCAUUUUUAACAAGCCUGUCUGCAAAUUAUAUUCGCAACUAUGGAGCAUCCGUUAUAAUGAAUUAUCGGCAGCUUUGUCCAGUAAUGUCUCAACUGUUCAGCACAGAGGCUGAAGCGUCUGUUAAUCAACAAAUUCAAGAACCCAUAAAUGGUCAAUGCCCAUUCCUUGCUAAAAAACAAAAUGCUGUGAAAGUGGCUAGUCCUAUUGUCCAAGAGGAUGUUAUUAAAGUGACAUCGUGUGAACAAAAGGAAGAACCAAGUUUUCCAUAUGAAGAGUUCUUUCAUGAACAAAUCAUGAAGAAGAAGAAAGAUCACUCUUAUAGAGUGUUUAAGAAAGUAAAUCGCUUAGCAGAAAACUUUCCAACUGCAGUAGAGUAUUCGUGGGGGGAGAAACCUAUAACUGUUUGGUGCUCUAAUGAUUAUUUAGGAAUGUCACGUCACCCAGCAGUGAUAGAUUCUGUCAGACAAGCAUUGGAUAAAUUUGGUGCUGGGGCUGGAGGAACAAGGAACAUAUCUGGAAAUUCUAUGGGUCAUGAAAUGUUAGAGAAAAGACUUGCCGCUUUGCAUCAAAAAGAAGCUGGAUUGUUAUUCACUUCCUGUUUUGUUGCUAAUGAUUCCACUUUAUAUACUUUAGCAAAAUUGUUGCCAGGUUGUCAUAUUUUCUCUGAUGCUGGCAAUCAUGCAUCUAUGAUCCAAGGUAUAAGGAACAGUGGAGUACCAAAGUAUAUAUUUAGGCACAAUGAUGUACAACAUCUUGAGGAACUUCUUUCAAAGGUGGAUAAAGAAGUACCAAAAAUUGUGGCAUUUGAAACUGUGCAUUCUAUGACUGGUGAUAUAUGCCCUUUAGAAGAAUUAUGCGACGUUGCCCAUAAAUAUGGUGCUUUAACGUUUGUAGACGAAGUUCACGCUGUAGGGUUAUACGGAUAUUCGGGUGCUGGCAUCGGAGAAAGAGAUUGGGUACUUCAUAAAAUGGAUAUUAUUUCUGGUACACUGGGAAAAGCUUUCGGCAAUGUCGGUGGUUACAUUGUUGGUUCGGCUAAACUAAUAGAUAUGAUACGAAGUUACGCCGCUGGUUUCAUUUUUACAACUUCGUUACCACCGACAGUAUUAUACGGUGCUUUGACAGCUGUCGAAAUUUUAGCUUCGGAUGAAGGAAGAACAUUAAGGGCUAAACACCAAAAAAAUGUAGCAUACAUGAAGUCUAUUUUGACUUCUGCAGGUCUUCCACUAGAACCGUCGCCUUCUCAUAUUAUUCCAAUAAAAAUUGGUGAUCCACUGUUAUGCAGUCAGUUAGCUGAUACCUUAAUAAGGGAAAAGGGCCACUAUGUACAGGCGAUAAAUUAUCCAACUGUUCCGGAAGGGCAAGAAAAGUUACGAUUAGCUCCGACUCCGAAACAUACUCGGAUCAUGAUGGACACAUUUAUGAAAGACAUUUUAGAUGUUUUCCAUCAUUUAAAUAUACCAAUAAGCGAAAAUAAAUUAGGGGAAAUUCCACGUGUAAUUCUAACGAAUAUGAAAUAAUGAAGUGCAAAAAGUCUAUAUUCUACGAAUAUAAUGUAUUCGUUCACAAAGAUUUAUUUUAUGUAUUAAAAAAUCGUUAAAAGUUAACUGAUUAUAUACAGCUUUAAAUAAAGCGUUAUUAACCGUUA